UCCUCACUCUAAAAACCUCGCCACAAACCCAUUGCGUCAGUCGACGAAGAAGCCUAUAAAAGAGCCUGGCUGUCUUGCUUGUUAAGAACAACAAAUAUAAUACAACCCAAACAGAUCGAAUAUAUAUAUAUACACACAAACACAUAUUCACACAUACACACAGUUGAGUGUGUGUAUCGACUGCUUUAUUCUCGAAAAAUAUUGAUAUAAUAAAGCAUCACCAGUGAGGUGAAUUUUGUGCAAACACUACUUUUUAUUCGGUUGCCCAAAGAUGGCGAAUUUAGCGACUAUAACCAUAACUGGUAUACUGGAAAAGAUGACGGGGAAGGAUAAAGAUUACCGAUAUAUGGCAACUUCUGAUUUGCUAAAUGAGUUGAGCAAAGAGGAAUUUAAACUUGAUGCUGAUCUUGAGAUAAAGUUGUCAAAUAUUGUCAUACAGCAGCUUGAUGACGCAGCUGGCGAUGUUUCUGGAUUAGCUGUUAAAUGUCUUGCCCCACUGGUGAAAAAAAUCCAUGAGCGACAAGUUCUGGAGAUGGCUAAUAAGCUUUGUGAUAAAUUGCUAAAUGGGAAGGACCUGCAUCGUGACAUCGCAAGCAUAGCUUUGAGGACAGUUGUUUCUGAAGUCCCCACUUCAUCUGUUGCACAAUCUGUUCUAGUUUCCAUCUCUCCGAAAAUGAUAAAAGGGAUAACUGGUCCAGGAAUGAACACAGAGAUAAAGUGUGAAUGUCUUGAUAUUUUGUGCGAUGUUCUUCAUAAAUUUGGGAAUUUAGUGGCAUCAGACCAUGAGCUGCUAUUAGGUGCACUGUUGCCCCAGUUAAGUUCCAAUCAAGCCACCAUCAGAAAGAAGACUGUUUCAUGUAUAGCAUCUCUGGCUUCAAGCUUAUCUGAUGAUUUGUUGGCAAAGGCAACAGUUCAAGUUGUUCGGCUUUUGAAAAAAAAGGGUACAAAAUCUGAAAUGACCCGUACAAAUAUUCAGAUGAUUGGGGCUUUAAGCCGUUCUGUUGGAUAUCGUUUUGGUCCCCAUCUUGGAGAUACUGUUCCAGUACUAAUUAGCUACUGCACGAGUGCAUCAGAGAACGACGAGGAGCUUCGUGAAUAUAGCUUCCAGGCACUGGAGGGCUUCUUACUUAGGUGCCCAAGGGAUAUUUCUUCAUACUGUGAUGAGAUCCUUCAUCUUACCCUGGAAUUUCUUUGUUAUGAUCCUAAUUUCACUGAUAACAUGGAGGAAGAUACAGAUAAUGAGAGUCAUGAGGAGGAAGAAGACGAUGAGAGUGCAAAUGAAUAUUCUGAUGAUGAGGAUGUCAGUUGGAAAGUUCGAAGAGCUGCUGCUAAAUGCUUAGCAGCAUUGGUUGUUUCUCGCCCUGAGUUGCUUUCAAAGCUAUAUGAGGAGGCCUGUCCAAAGUUGAUUGAUAGGUUUAAAGAAAGGGAAGAAAAUGUCAAGAUGGAUGUAUUCAAUACGUUCAUUGAGUUACUACGCCAAACAGGAAAUGUUACAAAAGGACAUAAUGACACAAAUGAAUCGAGCCCAAGAUGGUUAUUGAAGCAAGAAGUACCCAAGAUUGUUAAAUCUAUAAAUAGGCAGCUACAUGAGAAAUCUUUAAAGACAAAGGUUGGCGCCUUUCUUGUUCUGAAAGAACUUGUUGUUGUCUUGCCCGAUUGCCUUGCAGACCACAUUGGAUCCCUUAUUCCUGGAAUUGAAAAAGCAUUAUGUGACAAAUCUGCUACCUCAAAUUUGAAGAUAGAGGCUCUUAUAUUUACAAGAUUAGUGUUAUCUUCACAUUCACCUUCUGUAUUCCACCCUUAUAUUAAGGCUCUUUCUUCCCCUAUUUUAUCUGCUGUUGGUGAGCGUUAUUACAAAGUAACAGCCGAGGCAUUAAGAGUGUGUGGGGAAGUUGUUCGUGUUGUACGUCCAAAUAUUGAGGGUUACGGAUUUGAUUUCAAACCUUAUGUUCAUCCGAUAUAUAAUGCCAUCAUGACACGCUUGACAAACCAAGAUCAAGAUCAGGAGGUUAAAGAGUGUGCUAUUUCUUGCAUGGGACGUGUUGUUUCUACAUUUGGUGAUAAUCUCAAAGCGGAAUUACCUGCUUGCCUUCCUGUUCUUGUUGACCGGAUGGGAAAUGAGAUAACCCGACUUACAGCUGUGAAGGCUUUUGCUGUUAUUGCUGCUUCGCCGCUACACAUUGAUCUAUCAUGUGUUUUAGAGCAUGUUAUUACGGAGUUAACUACAUUCUUGCGGAAGGCUAAUCGGGCAUUGAGACAGGCAACAUUGGGGACACUGAAUUCUCUAGUUGUUGCUUAUGGUGAUAAAAUUGGUCUGGCUGCUUAUGAAGUUAUCAUUGUGGAACUUUCAGCUCUGAUAAGUGAUUCUGAUUUACAUAUGACGGCUCUAACUCUGGAGCUCUGCUAUACCUUGAUGGCCGACCGAAGGUCAAGCUUAAAUGUUGGUUCAACUGUUAGAAAUAAAGUUCUUCCUCAAGCGUUAACAUUAGUAAGAAGCUCGCUGCUUCAGGGGCAAGCCCUCUCGGCUCUACAAUACUUUUUUGCUGCCUUGGUUAAUUCAGAAAACAUGAGUUUUGAUGCUUUGCUAGAUUCUCUUCUUUCAACUGCAAAACCAUCUCCCCAGUCUGGUGGUGUUGCCAAACAGGCGUUGUUUUCCAUAUCUCAGUGUGUGGCAGUUCUAUGCCUUGCUGCGGGUGAUCAGAAAUGCUCAACUACCGUAAAAAUGCUUACAAACAUCCUGAAAGCUGACAGCAGUACUCAUUCGGCUAAACAACACCUUGCGCUGCUAUGUUUGGGAGAAAUUGGGAGGAGGAAGGAUCUAAGCUCGCAUGCACAUAUAGAAAAUAUUGUUAUCGAGUCCUUUCAAUCUCCUUUUGAGGAGAUCAAGUCUGCUGCAUCUUAUGCUCUUGGAAAUAUUGCUGUUGGGAAUCUGUCGAAGUAUUUACCAUUUAUUUUGGACCAGAUUGAUAAUCAGCAGAAGAAACAAUAUCUUCUGCUUCAUUCUUUGAAGGAGGUUAUCGUGAGGCAAUCUGUGGAUAAAGCUGAGUUUCAGGAUUCAAGUGUUGAGAAGAUACUUACUUUGCUAUUUAACCACUGUGAAAGUGAGGAAGAAGGCGUUCGCAAUGUUGUAGCUGAGUGUCUGGGUAAAAUUGCCCUUAUCGAACCUGCAAAACUUGUUCCUGCGCUUAGGGAACGCACAACCAGUCCAGCUGCACUCACUAGAGCCACUGUUGUCAUUGCUGUAAAAUAUUCUCUAGUUGAGCGGCCAGAGAAGCUAGACGAGAUAAUCUACCCCGAGAUCUCCUCUUUCCUGAUGUUAAUUAAGGAUCAUGACCGGCAUGUUAGGCGUGCAGCUGUCUUGGCUUUAAGUACUGCAGCCCACAAUAAGCCAAACCUAAUUAAGGGUCUUCUUCCAGAAUUGUUGCCACUUCUUUAUGAUCAGACAAUUAUUAAGCAAGAACUUAUAAGAACAGUUGAUCUUGGUCCUUUCAAGCACACAGUGGAUGAUGGCCUUGAGCUGAGGAAAGCUGCAUUUGAAUGCGUAGACACAUUGUUGGACAGCUGUCUUGAUCGAGUGAACCCUUCGUCUUUCAUUGUUCCUUACCUUAAAUCUGGUUUGGAUGAUCAUUAUGAUGUUAAAAUGCCCUGCCAUCUUAUUCUCUCAAAACUUGCGGAUAAAUGUCCUUCUGCUGUAUUGGCAGUUUUAGACUCGUUGGUGGAUCCUCUUCAGAAAACUGUCAAUUUUAGGCCAAAGCAAAAUGCUGUCAAGCAAGAAGUUGAUCGUAAUGAAGACAUGAUUCGGAGUUCUCUUCGAGCAAUUUCAUCCUUGAAUCGCAUAAGUGGAGGAGAUUGCAGUCUCAAGUUCAAGAACCUCAUGAGUGAAAUAGCGAAGACUCCAACUCUGUGGGAGAAGUAUUGUUCUGUUCGGAAUGAGUGAUGAAGAAGAAGAUGAUUCCGAGCUUGUUUCAACUUGUUGCUGCAAAGAGUGAAAGAGAGAACACUGUCCUUGAUUUCUUGGGACAAGUAUCUCAAAAAAAGGGUUAUACACCACAUGGAUGGGGAGUGACGCUUGAUAUGCUUGCUUGAAGGGAGCUUAUAUGGAAAGGUCAACAUCUCUUGUUUUCGUCACAGAAUAUUGGAUAUGGUCUUUCCUUGUAUAGGGUAGCAUCCUUUGCCUAAUAUUUUCUGGCUCGCGCUCUUUAUCUGUUUUGUACGUUAAUGGAAAUUGUCAACCCUAUACUGGCUAUCCUUCCCCAUCCUCCACCCAUCACGGGCCUGGAUAUAGAAUACCAAUUCUCAUUUUUGAAUGGAAACCAUUUAAAUUUAUAGAGUAAUUGUAAGGUUUGUCA